GCAGAUUAGUUUCUUUUUAUACUCACAAAUGGGUUCUUAAAAGAACAGUUUUUUUUUUCCUUGAAGAUUAGUUUCUUUUUAUACUGACAGGUAUGAAUCUGCUAGAAAACAAAUAUUUAAAUUAUUGAGAUAGAUCGACUUAAGGAAUGGAAACAAAUGCAUGCAAUUUGGAAAAUGAAAAAAGGAGGUCUGGUUUUUGUUGAUGCAGAAAAAAGCUUCUCUGUCGUUUGUGUAGCGAUUAUUCUGUUUUGUUGUUAUAUCAGCUCUUUCAACGAUGAUAUAUUCUAUAAAAGUAUAGCCUCCUUUUGCUACCUAAAUCUAAAAUUGUACCCUCCUGUUUGCUCCAUCAUUUAAGUCAACAAUGAGAAGAUUAAGCCACGGAUGCUCUCUCAGCAAUCCCUUCUGCUUUCACUUUCAUGAUUCACUUUUCAUUGUAUAUGAAUAAAGUUUCAAGCGUAGGACUAAUUAUAAUCAGUUUCAAUAUUCAAUAGAGGACUGUUCCUCUACACAUUGUGCUGAUGACAUAAUGAUAUGCUUUGGAAUCCAAGUAUGUGGCUCCUUUCUUUAUAGGCUUAAUUAUAUUACAAAUAAAUGUAUAGGUUUGUAUCUUAGUUGUAAUUGAAACUAAUAAUAAACAGCAAAAAACUAAACAAAAUAAAAAGGAAAAUACCACAUAAAAACAGUAAAAAUAAAAUAGCAUAAAAAAGCAAUUGAAAAACCAAGAUUAGAGAGAGAGUUUGCAAUUUGAAAAUGUUGUGUGAUAUAAUCUGAGGCCCUAUUUAUAGAAAGAAGCUCACACUUAUCAGUUAUCAGCAAUCAAUUUGGGCACCAAAAAAUUUUGAAUUUGAAAAGUGUAGAAUUUGGCAAUGCCCAGCAUACAACAAAGACAAAAAUUACCCAGUGGAUAAAAUGGAGCAUGCAUUGGCGGGAAACACAUUCCCCUAGAAAUCUUUGCUUUUAUAUUAGUAUAUAUAGAUAGAUUCCAAUUGAAUUUUAUUGAUUUUUUUUUUGAAAAUUGGCAAAGAGCAAGCAGAAUAAUUAAUUAUGGAAUAAAUACUUGUAGUCAUAUAAAAGGAGAGAUCUUCACUCUUAGGGUUUGAGGCGCCGCACACAAGCUAUAGGAAUUCUAGACUCUUCUCCCCAAACUCAACCCUAAAUCUUCACUCCUAUCUCUGCGGCAGUGCCACUCUGUGUGUCUCUCUCUCCUCUCCUGCUGUCCUUGCCAUUGCCCAACCCCCUCGUCUCCCAGUCUCCCUCAUCUCAUCUCCUCCAGUUACCGUCGCCCGCCUCGCUCAGGCCGCAGCCUUCCUCCACUGAUCCGACUGCACUUUCAGCUCGACUUCCAUCUCCGCUUCCAGCUGCUCGUCCACUCUCGCCGCCUUAUGGUUGCUCUUCUCCACUUCUUCGCCUGCAUAUUUAAUUCCACGCAUCUCCAUAUAAAUAUUUGUCUGCUUGUUAAUGUGGAUGUUUCUUGUCAAUGUGUGUGUUUUUUACACUAAUUUGCCGGAUUAAUUUUCAUUUUUUGGUGUUUUGUCAGUAUUCUUGGUAGAUCUGUAAAUAUCUACACAAAGUGUUAGUAUUAAACUGAAGAUCUUUAUGUUCUUUAGCAUAUUAAUUUUUCGUUUUUUAGUUUUUCAUCUUUUGUGUUUAUGGUAUCAUUUUCGUAGAUCUAUGAAUAUCUACACAAAUUGGUUCUUAAAUGAACAUUUUUUUUUUGCAGAUUAGUUUGUUCUUAUAAGAGAAACAUCUUUAUUUUUUUUUUCGCGUAUUAAUUUUGUAGAUCUAUGAACAUCUUUAUUUUUUUUCGCAUGUAGAUCUACGAAUAUCUACAACAAAUGGAUAUUAUGUGCUUGUUGGGGUAUCACUCCGACGCCUCUUGGUGAAGGCAAGUCCUCUGUCAAGCAUCUUUUCUUGAUAAAAGGAUCUCAGAGGUAACACUUCAAUGCUCCAUUGACAUCAAGUCUUCAUCUGGGGAGAUUUCAGAAAUAUUUGCAAUUAAUAUCUCUGAUAUAGGCUUUAUGUAUCAAGUAGAAGAGAACCAUCUUAGUUCACUUCCAGGACAGGCCAAUUCCCGAGAUAGUACAAAACUACCUGGAGCAGUUGAGGACUUGAAUGAUAACCAGAACAAGAAAGAUGUUUUCCGUCCAUCCAUAAGGGAUAUGGAAUCUGGUAGGCGUGAUCGUUGGUGUGAUGAAGAAAGGGAUACCAAUUCCUCUGUCCGUAAAGACCGAUGGAGAGAAGGGGAAAGAGAGCUUCCUGGUAACCGCCGAGUGGAUCGGUGGGCUGAUUCUUCUGGGAAACAAUAUGGUGAAGUGCGCCGUACCCCAGGAGAGCGAUGGACUGAUUCAGCAAAUAAAGAAGGUCACGAUCAACGCCGAGAGAGCAAAUGGAAUUCUCGCUGGGGACCUGAUGACAAAGAGGUUGACGUUGUGCGUGAAAAGUGGGGGGAUUCUAGUAAAGAAAAUGAUCUAAUUCGCGACAAAGGGUCUCCUCAACCUCGUGUUCAUGCAAAGGAAGAGAGAGAUGGGGAGCAUUUUCGACCAUGGAGAUCAAACUCAUCCUACAGCCGAGGAAGAGCAGAUCCUCACCACCAAUCUUCAACUCCAAACAAGCAGGGUCAUGUGUUUUCACAUGGAAGGGGACGUGGAGAAAAUCAUGCACCAACCUUUUCUCUUGGUAGAGGAAAGGUUAACUCUAUGGGGAGCUCCGUCUCCCACAUAGCUGGUAAUCUGCAAUUACAUGGACCUGUCUUAGAAAAAGAUGAUAGUGUUGACGGUGAGUCCCAUACUCUAAAAUAUAGCAGGACGAAGUUGAUUGAUAUCUACAGGUCAGUUGAUAUGAGAUCCUGCACAAAGUUUUUGGAGGGGAUUAUUCAUGUGCCUUCUCUUACGCAAGAGGAAUAUGUGGAGCCCAUGGCCUUUUGUGCUCCAACUCCUGAAGAAUUGGUUAUCCUCAAGGGGAUUGAGAAAGAAGAAAUUGUCAGCAGUGGUGCACCUCAAAUCAGUAAAGAUGGAUCUGCUGGCCGAGCAACUGCUGAUUUUAUGCAUUCUAGAAGAAGCAGGCUUGGAAGCAGAGAUGAUCUUGCAGCUUCUCAUGAUGAUUCUAAACAUGAGGUGUUUGACAAUGCUAAAGGUGGUUAUACAAGUUAUUCAGAAGGUUUGUCUGAUGAAAGGCAGAUAUAUUCUUGGUCUAAUGCAAAAGUGGAGGCCAUGCAGGACUAUCAGACUUCUGACCACAAACUGCAUGCUGAAGCUUUGAAAGAAAAUAGCAGCAUUCUUGGCUCCAGAGAGUCUAAUGCCCCAGGACAUGACGGUUCAUGGAGAUCUUCAUCUUUUGUAGAACGCUCACGUACUGUUUCGCAUGAUAGGGGAGAGUCAUCUGCUGAUGUUCAGAGAGAUUUUAACAGUGCUUUGGAGAACAGUUCAAUAGAUUCCCCUAACACUAGAAAGGGACAGGGACCUCAGUGGCAGAUGGGUGAUCAUCCUAUGAUGAGAAGGCAAACAUCAGCAGUGUUGGACAGGGAGAUGGAGGCUCGCAAAAUUUCCCAGAUUCCGCCUGAAGACCUAGUACUCAUCUAUAAAGAUCCGCAGGGUGAAAUUCAAGGUCCUUUUUCUGGAAGUGAUAUCAUUACAUGGUUUGAAGCUGGGUAUUUUGGCAUAGAAUUGUUGGUUCGCUUAGCCAGUGCACCGCCUGAUAGUCCAUUCUCUUCACUUGGAGAUGUGAUGCCACACUUGCGUGCUAAAGCUCGACCACCUCCUGGAUUUAAUACACCUAAACCAAAUGAAAUCCAAGAUUCAUCUGGUAGGUUGAACUAUGGAAACUUGGGAAAUCUUCACCCAGUUUUGAAUGAGCCUGAAACGUCAAAAACCGAUUCAAGAUAUAAACCUGGUUCAACGACUGAGGCUGAAAACAGGUUUCUGGAGUCGCUCAUGGCGGGCAGCAUGAAUCCUGCAGCAUUUGAAAAGUUUGCUCUCUCAGAAGCUAUGCAGGGAUACAAUGGAAAUAAUUCUAACACACUUCCUUCUCUGGGAGGUAAUGGUGGCGAUGAUCCUUAUCUAUUGGCAAAAAAGAUGAUGCUGGAGAGGCAGAGAUCUGUUCCGAGUCCUUAUCCAUUUUGGCCAGGGAGAGAUGCUGCUGCUAUUUCUACAAAGACAGAUUUAGUGGGCGAUGCAUCACUGGCUCGCCAGAACCUUUUGUCUUCUAUUGCAGACAAUGCUCUUGCACAGAAUCAUUCACAGAAUGUGGACUUAAUGCCAUCCCGUCAGGGGCUAGCUGAAAGACCCAGCUCCAAUGUCAACAAUGGAAUGGGUGGUUGGUUGAAUUUCCCUGUCCAAGGGGGACUGGACCCGCUUCAGGAUAAGUUAGACAUUCAUCACUCUCAGAAUUUUCCUCCACAAUCUGCAGUUGGCAUGCAGCAAAGGCUGCAGAUGCAGAAUACACCCUUGAGUAAUUUAUUGCCCAAAUCUAUUGAUAAUCAAUCCAACCUAUUAACUCCGGAUAACCUACUGACAUCUAGUCUGUCCCAAGAUCCGCAACUGCUAAGUUUGUUGCAACAGCAGUAUAUGUUGCAGCUGCAAUCUCAGGUGCCAGUUCCACCACAACCGUCCCUUUUGGAUAAGCUAUUACUUAUUAAGCAGCAACAGAAGCAGGAAGAGCAGCAACAAUUAUUGCGUCAGCAACAAUUGCUUUCACAGUUUCUCUCCGAGCAGCAUCCUAAUCAACGACUAGGUGAUCCAUCAUUCCAGCAUUUGCAAGCUGGAGGUUUGGCUGCAGGGAAUACUAAUGUUGAUCAUGCCCCAUUUCAACAACCACACGAGUUAUAUAAAAUGGGUCUCCAGCUGCAAUCCCCAAAUUCACAACAUGAAAAUGCGAAUGUUGUCUUACCUGUUACCCCUCCCAGUCUUUCACAGGAUUUUAGCCCAAAUAUUUCUGUAGAAACAUCUAUGCACAUCCCACAUCGAUCUUUUGCCAAUAAUGUGGAGCAAAGAAAUUGGAAUACCCCUCUGCCACAUCAAAUUGUAGAAAAGCAGCAAGAUAUGUCUUCUAAGACAACUGAUGAAAUGGAGGAAAUAGGUACGUCAGAAGUGACGAACAAUAAGCCAUUGGAACAAAAAUCUGAUGAUGAUGUAGCUGCCAGAGCUGCAACCUCUGAUGUCACUUUGAGUGCUACACCUGUAGGAAAUUUAGCAGAAUCAGUUGAACAGCAAUUGACUGCUGCUAAUAUUCACAAAGAUGUAAAUGCAUCGAAAGAGAGUUCAGCUAGAAGUUCUGAAUAUGCACAAGAUUUAGGUGAACAUGUCAUUAGUGAGUCUUUACCUGUGAAGGAAAUGAAAGUUCCUGAGGCCGUGGAAGCGAAGAAACCGGUAGAGAAGAAAUCCAAAAAGCAAAAGGCUUUGAAGGUUUCUACUGACUUGGUAAAGGGUGCGUCUAAGCCUCAACAGCCUAAGUCUGAAAGUGAAAGAGCAAACACUCAGGCAAAACCUGAGACACUGACUGUGCAUGUGGAUUUACUUGAGGCACCUGUUUCCAAAAAGGAGAGGAGUAAGACUGAGAAAGUUGCUGCUGAUGAUGUGGAUUUGCUUGGCAAGCAAUCGCUGUCUUCCCGGAAUUCUGCAGAUGAUGGGAUAACAGUUGAGUACAAGGGUCAGACAGCUUCUGCUUCAGAUCACACUCAUGCCGGACAACGUGCAUGGAAACCUGCUCCUGGUUUCAAACCAAAAUCAUUGUUAGAAAUACAACAGGAAGAGCAGAGGAGGAGAGCACAAGAAGAAGUGGCUGUUUCUGAGAUCUCAACCUCUGUGGCCAUCUCUACUCCCUGGUCUGGUGUAAUUUUGAGUUCUGAUAACAAGGCACCUAAUGUAGUUCACCAGGAUACCAGCACUGAGUUAAAACCAGAGAGUUCCUCAAUCCAGAAGAGCAAGAAGAGCCAAGCUGAAGAUCUAUUUUGGGAUGAUGCUGCCAAGUCAGUCGAGAGAGAAAUGGAAGUUUCUGAAAGUGCUGCCUGGGGGAUGUCUUCCAAAACAGUGAGUUCACAAAUUAAUGCUGUUGUUGAUGAUGACUUUAUCGAGGCUAAAGAUACUAAAAAGAGCCGUAAAAAGUCUUCUAAAGUUAAGAGCGCCGGGGCUAAGGUUGCUCCUGCAGCUUCGGUUGAUGUGGCUGUUGGGUCAAGUCCAAAUGACAAGGCAAAAAUUACUCGGCAAAUGCAGCAGGAGAAGGAAGCUUUUAUGGCUGUGCCGUCGGGCCCUUCCUUGGGUGAUUUUGUUAUGUGGAAGGAGGAGUCCGCAAGCCCAUCUGGUCCUGCUUGGUCCACUGAUUCCGGGAAGCCUCAUAAGCCAACUUCACUUAGGGAUAUCCUGAAGGAACAACAAAAGUCCAUGCCGUCUGCACCUGCAAUUCCAGUGCCAAUUCCUCAGAAAUCUGCAACUAAUCAAACUGCCCGUGGAAGUGUUUCCUCAUGGUCAGUCUCUGGAUCAUCACCUGCAAAGGCUGCAUCCCCUAGACAAGUUUCUUCUCUGUCAAAAAAUAAAGUGGAGGAUGAUCUCUUCUGGGGGCCGUUGGAUCAAGUGAAACCAGAGGCAAAGCAGUCAGAUUAUCCUCAACUUGGAACACAGGGCAGUUGGGGAAGCAAAGCCCCUCCCGUGAAAGGAAAUACUGGAGGUCCAUUGAACAGACAGAAAUCCACCGCUGGAAGGCCUAUUGAGCAUUCACUUUCUUCAGCUGCUUCCUCCACUCAGUCCGUUCUGAAAGGGAAGAAGAAUGCCUCAAAUAAAAAUUCAGAGGCUAUGGACUUCAAGGAAUGGUGUGAGAGCGAGUGUAUCAGACUUGUAGGAUCAAAAGAUACAAGUUUCCUGGAAUUUUGUUUGAAGCAAUCAAGAGGGGAGGCCGAAAUGCUUCUAAUAGAAAAUCUUGGUUCCUUUGAUCCUGACCACGAGUUCAUCGACAAGUUUCUAAAUUACAAAGACUUUUUGCCUGAGGAUGUUCUUGAAGUUGCCUUCAAAAACCAGAACAAUGAAAAGGCCUACGGCUCAGCAACGAGAGAUACGACAACGAAGUUUGUUGAUGGAUUGGGAUCAGAGACAGGUGGUGUGACAGCGACUGAUGGGGGUGCAAAAGGAGGAGGAAAGAAGAAGGGAAAGAAAGGGAAGAAAGUGAGUCCAUCUGUUUUAGGAUUUAAUGUGGUUAGCAACAGGAUCAUGAUGGGAGAGAUUCAGUCGAUUGAGGAUUAAAGCCCAUAGGAAACUGCAAAUACAUUUGUGUUGAGACAGACUGUAAAUGCUUUUGUUUUUUUCUUUUUUUCUUUUCUUUUAGUGAGGAUUUUUAACCCCUCUUUACGGAGCAACUGCAGCACUAAUUUAUCUGCUCAAGCAAUUUUGUUAAGUUUACUCAGUUUAGAUCAACUACUGUACUGAUUGUAAGAGUUGAAUGCUUAGUUAUACUUAUGCUACUAACCGUGCAGUUUUUAUA